AUGGAUCUGGCCAACACCACCGGCCAGAAAGUGACUGAAUUUGUUCUUCUGGGCUUCCCCUCCCUCUCGCCCACAUUACGCUUGCUCCUGUGCUCCUUCCUCUCUGCCAGCUAUGCUUUCACCCUACUGGGGAACCUAAGCAUCCUGUGGGCUGUGCUCAGGGACACCCGUUUGUCCCGCAUGCCCAUGUACAUCCUGCUGGGCAACUUCUCUGGACUGGAAAUGUGCUACGUCACCUCCACGGUACCUCGGAUGCUCAUCGACAUGGCAUCCCCGCCGGGGAUCAUCUCCUUCCGUGACUGCUUCUUCCAGUUCUAUUUCUUCUUCUCCAUGGGGGCAACGGAAUGUUUAUGCCUCUCCAGCAUGGCCUUAGACCGGUACCUUGCCAUCUGCCACCCACUGCGCUACCCAAUGCUCAUGUCCCCGCAGUUUUGCAGCACCUUAUCAGCUUGCUGCUGGAUCUCUGGUUUCCUGUGGUUUCUCGUGCCCAUCGUCCUAAUUUCCCAGCUCCCGUUUUGUGGCCCCAACAUCCUGGAUCAUUUUGUCUGCGACCCAGGCCCACUUCUAGCUGUCUCCUGCCGCCCAGCACCCCUCACGCAGAUGUCCUGCUACGUCCUCAGCUCCCUCAUCAUCUUCGCAACCUUCCUCUUCAUUGUAGCCUCCUACGGCACUGUUCUGCAGAAGGUACUAAAGCUCCCUUCCGCCGCAGGCCGACGCAAAGCAUUUUCCACCUGCACGUCCCACCUGGCGGUGGUCAGCUUGUUCUAUGGCUCCGUCAUGGUCACCUAUGUCAACCCAGAAUCUUCAGGAGGGAGCAAUAAGGCGGUGACUCUCUUCUACUCUGUGGUAACCCCUCUGCUCAACCCUCUCAUCUACAGCUUGCGGAACAAGGAGAUGAUAGCGGCAUUGAAGAGGACAUUGCUUCAAGGAUGUUGA